CCUCCUUCCCCCACAGCGACCUUCGGAAGCACUUGACGAGACGUCUCUCCCUCCCUCCCUCUCCCUUUGGCCGAUAUGGCCUCGCUCGCAGGGCUCUUGGUCCCAUCGGAUAAGGCUGAGUUUCUUGACCUUGAUGCCCUUAUUUGGGCCCUUGACGACUGGGCUGUCAAGGGCAAAUUCUCCUUUCAGACGCAGAAGAGGGAGGCUACAAAGGCCUCCUUCAUCUGUGCAGAGAAGGAGGAUGGGUGUAGCUGGCGAUGCCGAGCUAUACCCACCUUUUACGAUGAUGAUGAGGAGCCCUCGUUAUGGGCCCUUACUAUUAUCGAGCCAGAGCACUCCUGCGUCGGCCAAGGAGUGCGGAAGUUUGCCUCCUUGUCGAAGAAGGCUUGGCUAGAUCCGGUGGUCUCUCGUCACCCGAAUGUGACGACGAAGACCACCCCAAAGGAGAUUAGAGAUCUCCUCCGCAUUCGAUUUGCGGAGGAGAUUGACUACAAGAGGGUGCAGGAAUGCCGCCUAUGCCUUCUUGAUGGUGAUAUUGGCGCCCAACAGCAGAGCUUCCAGCUGUUGCCAGCUACAAGGAGCUCCUUGAGAGGGAGUCUCCUGGGGCACAUGUAGAUCUCCUUCGGGAUACCCACAUGUUAAGCGCAUCUUUGUUUGCCCCUCGGUUUCGAGGGGCAUGUUUACUCUUUGCCGCUGGCUAGUGGCAGUAGACGGGACCUUUUUAAAGGCCUGUUUUAUCCUUACGUUACUGCUUGCCAUUGGUAUUGAUGCUAAUGGCGAGCUUGUCCCUCUUGCAUGGGCGGUGGUGGAGUCGGAGAAUGGGGAAUCUUGGGGGUGGUUCUUAAACCACCUCUGUUUAGCUCUCCCUGAGCUCGUGAUAGAGGAGAGCACCCUUGUCUCUGAUAGAGACAAGGGGCUUCGAGAGGCAGAGAGGGGUUUGGGAGG